AUGUAUGCUGGCACAUUUUGGUUGAGGCCACAAAAUACAAGGUCGACACUAUGCCCUCUUAAGGACAUUUUGAGACUGUGCAUCGGCCAAUUGAUCAGGCAUUGUGACUCGAGCAUCAGAGGUGUCGUCCACGGUCUGACUAGUUUCGAUAAAGACUGCUGGAUAAAGUAUCUGAAGCUCUGGUAUUUGACACCUACGUAUGGGUUCCCGGACACCCCACCAUUAUGCGGGGCUGGCGGAGCUUACGGGCGGAUGGUCAUGCCGUCAUUGACACGCCAGGGAGAGCUUCGACCAGUCACAGCUCGCACAUUACAAGUGCUCCUCCUUCAGAGCAACAUCCCAGUUGAUUCAGGGGAAUCAAGCUUCAUGAAUCCCACCAUCUUCAGGCCCAGACCAAACUCCCUCUACAGAGUCGUCAAGCCCUUGUUCAGCAACCAUACUGCAGCUAUCCUCGUAAGAAGACCACUGCCCACUGCCCAUUUCGGCACUUCAGUUGCAAUGGCCCAGGAAUAUAAGCUCAAGGGCGUCACUUCGCUCGACCUCAAGCCGGGCGCCAAGCAGGAAGUCGAGGUUGAGGGCCUCGACACCAAGGUCCUCCUCCUCAACGACGGCACCAAGGUCCAAGCUGUCGGUGCAAAGUGUACCCAUUAUGGCGCUCCUCUAGUCAACGGAAUUCUGACCACAAAUGGCCGUCUCACUUGCCCCUGGCACGGAGCUUGCUUCAACGCCAAGACCGGCGACGUCGAAGAUGCUCCCGCCCUCGAUUCCCUCCCCGUCUUCAAGGUCACCCAAAAAGACGAUGGUUCCGUCUACAUUUCCGGCGAGGAAGCCACCGUCAAAGCUGGCCGUCGCAAGCCCAACAUCAAGUGCAAGGUUCAGACUGCCUCGGUGGAAAAUAGAGUCCUCGUGGUCGGCGGUGGCUCAGGCGCCAUCGGUGCGAUCGAGGGUCUCCGUACAAAUGGCUUCCAAGGCCCAAUCACUCUGAUCUCCAACGAAGGCUAUCUGCCAAUUGACCGCACCAAGCUGUCCAAAGCCCUGAUCACCGAUGCGAGCAAGGUUGAGUGGCGUGACAAGGAGUUCUUCGACAGCGGCAGCGUGGAAGUCAUUGACGACGAGGUCACAGGAGUCAAUUUUGCGAACAAGUCGGUGGCAACCAAGGUUGGCGGAAACUACACCUACAGCAAGCUCAUUUUGGCCACUGGUGGUACAGCCAAGUCGCUGCCUCUGCAAGGCUUCAAGGUUUUGGGCAACAUCUUCACGUUGAGAAACGUACAUGAUACGAAGCAAAUCGUGGACGCUAUCGGUGACAAGGGCAAGAAAAUUGUUGUGGUCGGCAGCUCAUUUAUCGGUAUGGAAUUCGCCAACGCCACCGCUGCAGACAACGAAGUACAUGUCAUUGGAAUGGAGGGUGCGCCUCUAGAGCGUAUAUUGGGAACCAAAGUCGGAAGUACCCUUCAGAAGGCCUUUGAAGGCAAGGGCAUCAAGUUCCACAUGAACGCUGGUGUUGACAAGGCCGAGCCUUCGACAUCCGACCCUUCCAAGGUUGGCGCCAUUCUUCUGAAAGAUGGCACUCGCCUCGACGCAGAUCUUGUUGUGCUUGGUGUCGGCGUUGCUCCCAGUACCCAAUUCCUGAAGGACAACACGAUUGUUAAGCUCGAAGAGGAUGGAAGUCUUAAGACAGACGAGAACUUCAGCGUUGUGGGGCUGAAGGAUGUGUACGCAAUCGGUGAUAUUGCGAGCUACCCUUACCAUGGCCCCGGAGGAGAGGGCAAAUACGUCCGCAUUGAGCACUGGAACGUAGCGCAGAACGCCGGGCGGACUGCUGCUGGCCACAUUGUCGCGCCUACAAGGAAGUCUGCACCAUUUACGCCCGUCUUCUGGAGCGCAUUGACAGCCCAGCUCCGCUACUGUGGAAACACUAUCGCUGGUUACGAUGACGUGGUGUUCCAAGGCAGCCUGGACGAGGGCAAGUGGGCUGCCUUCUACACCAAGGGUGAGACAGUAGUUGCAGUUGCCAGCAUGGGCAAGGACCCUGUCAUGUCGCAGAGCGCAGAACUGAUGGCCCUUGGCAAGAUGCCCAGCAAGUCGCAGCUGAAGGAAGGACUGGAUCCGGUCAGUCUCGGACCCCCGGAGUAG